AUGUCAGAAGAAGCGCCACGAAAACGGUCGCGCUUCGACCAGACAGAACCUGAGCCCCGAAAGGCUAGUCGCUUUGACAGACGCUCGCGGUCACCUUCUGCUAGGCAGCCAGAGACGAGGAGGAGUCGGAGUCCUCUUGCGAAGGGCAGUCAAAGCCCAGCUUCAGGCGAAAAGCACAGCGCGUCUCUUGACCCUGCCGCGGCCGCUGCUGCCGCUGCAGCAAAGAUAAAUGCCGAUUUACAAGCUCGCAAAGGCAUCCAGCACGUGGAUGUCCCUCCUAUUCGAUCGAGUCUGACUCCAACCCCCAACUCUAAGCCUGCCACGCCUUCCUCAAUCCACGAUGGGAGCAAGGUUGGCGGCGACAUCUACAUCGCGGAUGGCGACUAUAUUAAAGAUAUUGAAAUCAAUGACUUGCGCAAUCGGUAUACCUUGACUAAGGGUUCUACUCAAAAGAUGAUCAAGGAAGAGACUGGAUGUGAUGUCACAACCCGAGGCUCAUACGUACCAGACAAGAGCAUGGCCACUGCAACGAAUCCGCCUCUAUAUCUCCAUGUUACGAGUACUUCCAAGGCCGGACUUGAAAAGGCCAUUGCAAAGAUCGAAGAGCUUAUGAAACAGGAACUCCCAAAUCUGGUUGACGAACGGCGCUUUCGGCGUCGAGAGCCUGAGCAGUUCGAAAGAGAUGAAUUUGGCAGGCGUAAAUGGCCCGAGGAACGAAUUGCACUCGACAUGGAGAACAUCCCCGGUUUUAACCUCCGUGCUCAAGUGGUUGGCCAAGGCGGUGCCUACGUGAAACACAUCCAACAGGAAACGGGCUGCCGAGUUCAAAUCAAGGGUCGUGGAAGUGGCUUCAUGGAGCACAGCACAGGACAGGAGGCUGACGAACCGAUGUAUCUGCACGUUGCUGGCCCUCAGCCUGCUCAGGUUCAGAAAGCCAAAGAACUCUGCGAGGAUCUCGUAGCCAACGUACGCCUCAACUUCGAGCACUUCAAAGCCAACCCACCGCCUCAGCGAAUAGAGUCAUACACCGAUGGGUACGGUGCUGAUGCCCAUCGCGGUUCAUACGGCGGCCACGGCGGUCAUGGAGGCCACGGAGGCCACGGUGGCCACGGACAUGAUCGCGGUCGUGAUAGCAGCUACUCGCACCACAGCAACAGCUACAACUCACCCUAUUCUGCGGCGCCCGCCACCCCGGCGCCUGGCACUGUGGCUUCUCCAACCACCGACUAUGCGACUCAAUACGCUCAAUACUAUGCUAGCCAGCCCGCCGCGGACCCCUAUGCGGCUUACGGUGGCUACCAGAACUAUGUUGCGUACUACCAGUACUAUCAGCAACAGGCUGCCGCGUCACAACAAUCGCCUCCUCCCCCUCCCCCCGGCGACUCAAACCCACCACCUCCUCCAGCACCCGACAGUUCAGCUGCACCUCCUCCACCGCCUCCUUCCGGGUACACAGCAGUUCCGCCACCUCCGGGACUGUGA